UUUUCAGCUCUACAGAACAUCACAUGACGAGACGCCAACUUCCCUGUCAGGAGAUUCCAUUUAAUAUGCAUAUCCAUUCGCAUUCAUAAGGCAAUCAAUCUUCGGCUAUCCUUCGCCAAGCAGCCAACUCGGCUCCUUUCUAGCCCGGAUCCCUGUGUGGUGAUGGCGGUGUCCUGUGAAUUCAAGCAGCUGAGCAGCUCCUGAAAUAUGCAGACAGAUGAGCCGCCAACAAGCAUCACCCACGAAGGCAACAAUGGCAAUGCGAUGAUGGCAAACUGUUAUUAUGCAAACAAAUUACAUGGCGGAUAUUUCACUGUGAGAAAAUAAACGUCUCAGUUACAGGGAAAAAAUAAAGUAAAAUAAGGUAUUUAUAGUGAAAAUUCGAGAAGCUCCUUAAGUGGCUGUAGA